ACAAACUUGCCCAAUGGCAGAAAAGGCACCUCCAAAAAAGAGGCGGUUCAGGGAGUUCACGUCCCACCCCAGCGCGGGAAGAAGCGCAGGCGGCGACGGCGGCGACGGCGACGGCGACCGCGCAGCAGCACCGGCCUCCGCACCGCAAAAGGAGCCCCCUUCUUCGCCGCCGCGUUCACCGUCGCCACCCGAACCGUUCACGUACAACGACCCCGACGCGGGAAGCAGCGGAGGCGGCGGCGCAGCAGCAGCAGCACCGGGCCCCGCGCCGCAAUGGAAGCCCUCUUCUUCGUUUCCACGUUCACCUUCGCCACCCAAACCGUUAACGUACAAUCCCGGCGCGGGAAGCAGCGGAGGUGGCGGAGGCGGCGGCGCGGCGGGACCGAAACUCUCUUAUUUGGAUACUAAGGACUCCGAUGUUGAAAAGCCGGACGAAUUUAAAACAGAAAAUGGAUGGGGUUCUCUGUUCAUGAGUGAUCCUGAAGUUCUUUCUAAGGACUCGAGUAAUCCACAAAAUCUCCCUCAUUAUAUUGGCCGGCAAGAUUGUGAGCCGCUCAGCACACAAGAGUUUUUUUCACUGCGCCACAAUUGGCAACAGCUGCUAGAUGGCAAGAAGACAUACCUCCGUCGUGCUGCAGAGUCCAAUUAUGCCGACUGUGUAUUUGUAACCCCAGAAUCUCUUGACGAGGCACUAGGAUGUCAGGAGCCACUAUCACAUUUGGUUCGUGGAGCUGCAGGAAAACCUAACAGGCAGCAAAAGUUCAAGAUACUUAGUGAACAUUAUGUGUGCUUCAGACCAGUGCGAAGCGAUGGGUCACAGUUUUACAGAGCUUUCCUUUUCUCUUACUUGGAAAACCUCGGGAAAAUGCAAGGUAGUCAAGCUGAGGUCACUCGUUUAAUGGAAUGCGUGGCAAGGUCCAGAGUGAAUUUCCUUCGUUUAAAAUGGAAUAAUGCAUACUUCUCAAAUCCAGAAGCAUUUUUCUCUAGUGUUGUUUCAGAGUUUGAGCAUUUGGUCAAUUCAGUUGCAAAUGGGCUAAAUGCUGUUGAGCUUUACAAGAUAAGCCUAGAGGAGAUUUCGUCAUCCAGGAUCCUUUCUUUGCUUAGAUUGCUGACAGAGGUUCAUAUCCGUACAUAUGAAGCAAACUACAACAGAGAAGUAGUGAGUCAGAAUCAGAAUGAAAAAAUAAACGCCCUUUUGUUUUGCAAAGAAUCUGUGCGUCCCUUUGACGCUGAUGUCUCCCUUUUACAAAUGAAGGCUCUAUCACAAGCUCUUGGCAUCCCCUUGCACCUAGCAGCUGUGGACGGUGUCAAGAUAGGUGGAACUGUGCAAGUAAAGUGCAUUGACAUCAUUCCUCGAUCAGGACCUCUCAGUUCAACCAGAAGUUGCUUAAGCAGUUGGAUGGAUGAUUCACAUUUGGUAUGAGCAUAUGAAGGACUAGUUUUCUGAUACAGAAAUAUGUAACUGGAUCAUUCAUCUUCAAGGAACAAUAGUACCAUAAUUUGCACCAUGAAGGAAUUAUUUUAUGAGUUCCUGUUACUACAGGCUUUCCUUUGGUCAGUAAUUGGUAAUUCUUGCUAAAAGUUGGAUGUGUUCUAGAAGAUAAAUCAAUAAUGAUGUGGAGUUUGUAAAAUUCUUUGAAGACACUUGUGGAGAACUAGGAUUAACAUUGACAGCAGACUUAAUCAAAUGAAAAUGUACUAUGCGAGCGGUCAUUCUUUUUGGAUAAGAAUACCAUGUGACUGAAUGACGUACUCGGUCAGUCUUGUGUGUUGCUGCAGUUUGCAUAAUACAAAUAUGGUUGUUGAGUAGAAGUUUUAAAGCCUGGUUGUUAGACUAGAAACUUUACAGCCACCUGGGAGAUUAAACUGGAAAUACAGAUUUUCUUCAAGUGGAAGGCUAUGGACAUACAGUGCCACCUAUAACUGACAUGAUGAAUGGUUCGUGACAUUCCAACACAGACAUAAAAACUGGAAAUGUCUGCAAUUAAAUUUGACCUUUUUUUUACUCAGUGCUGAGUAGUGGCAACGAAUCCCAAUAGCACAACUUAAGUUGUCCAUUAUGUUCACUGUAAUGUUUGGUUCUGGCUUCCCAGUCAUUGGAGUUGUG